ACGCACAGCCGCCCCCGCCCACCACUUCAUACCAGCUUGAGGAAUCGAAGUACACCACAUUAUACUACUACGACAGCGCCUCCCAGCCGCCGGUAUCGGGGCAGGGAUGAUGGGCGCCUGCAGCGUUGCGAGGAGGCGAUGAGGGUGUCGACAUGAUGCGCGAGCCGGCGGCGGCCAUGCCGUGCUGCGGCGACGACGACGCGCUCCUCCUGUGCGGCGAGGACGCGGGCGAGCUGCUGGAGCUGGAGCAGCGCGACGGCGACUCGGGGCGACAGGCCUGCUGCUGGGCCGACGGCGGCGGCUUCCGUGAGCUGCAGCUGGUGCCCGAGGAGGACGACUUCCCGGACGUGUCCGUCACCUGGGAUGCGGCGUGCUCGCCGGCGGCGGGAUGCCCCGGCAGGCCGAGGAGCGACGUCGACCGGCCGACCGGCUGGGCGGAGUCCGUGUCCUGGAUCCUCAAGGCCCGGUCGUACCACGGCUUCCAGCCGGCGACGGCCUACCUCGCCGUGAGCUACAUGGACCGGUUCCUGUCCUCCCGGAGCCUGCCGGUAAGUGGGACCCACCCUCUCAAGGAUUAUGGAUGGGCGUUUCAGUUGCUAUCUGUGGCCUGCUUGUCUCUGGCUGCCAAGAUGGAGGAAACCUCAGUACCUCCCCUCCUGGAGCUUCAGUGUCAGCAGAUUGAGAGCACCGGCUACAUUUUCGAACCGGGGACGGUUCAAAGGAUGGAGCUCUUCGUCCUCGCCGAGCUGGAUUGGAGGCUCCGGUCUCUUACACCUUUUGCGUUCAUCAAUCUUUUUGCUUGCAAGGCAGAUUCGUCAGGAAGAUGCACAAGAAGUCUGGUCUUGAGAGCAUGCCAAAUUACUAUCAAUGCAAUCCAUGAAGCCGAGUUCCUGAACAACUGCCCUGCAUCAAUGGCAGCCGCCGCCGUGUUGAGCGCAGUAACUGAAAUACCAGGCAUGUCGUGCGUGAGCAUCAGCCCGGAGACAGCAGCUUCAUGGUGCCCGGGCCUGACUGAGGAAGGGAUUAGUAGUUGCUACCAGCUACUGCAGCAACUCGUACCAGUGAUCAAGACGACAAGGAGGAAGAUACUUGCAUCGGAUCUGCUGAGGUCAAUGCCUUCAUCAGUAAGCUCGGCUUCACCAAGCAAAAGACGCAAGAUUAAUGGCUGCUUCCGAGAGGAGUGACAACACAAUCCAGUUCUUUGCUGCCCUUAGUGUUAAUCCCCCGGCAUUAUCUGUUACUAGAUGAGUCUGUUCCUCUUUUUUCCUCUCUCCGUUGCUGUUGUGCUUCAAGUCCUGAGUAGCUAAAAUAAAAUAGAUUUUUUGUAGUUUAUUCACCAAAAUAAAGGAACAUUUAUAUUUGGACAUAAAUGUGGGGGCUACAGAACGAAACCUGCUGCAUGAUGAAUUCAGGGGGACCAUUAGAGCAAUAACAACUAGUGAAUUACUUUUCGGAAA